CCCCCAAGUAUCAUCCUCCUUUCAUUCUCGACCUCAACCACUCGAUCUCUGUGGAGCCUCAAUCGUCGUCAACGGCAACGACAAAUCGCCCAUCCACUCCUUCGAACAACUCAACCCCCCCCCCCCCCCCCUUACUCUUUCACCAGCGGAUCCAAUCAACAAGAACCGCUUCAACCCCCAAGUUGGAUCAAAUUGAACCUCUCCGUCCCAUCCACUCUACCUGGGACCCCUUUCGACCUUCAAGCCAGGCAACAGAUUGGCUUCACAUUCAUUUGCAAGGAGAGAUAGACCAAGUCAUACACAGUGACGUUCAGGAUCGUCAAGGAGAAGGAGCUAUCUAUUGGACGGUCUAGAACGCUUAGGUCGACAAGGCAAGCACAGACUCACAGACUCGACUCUGUGAUUCGCCGUUCGACCUCCUCAACCCUUGUGCAUCUCCUUCCUCUCACCAACAGCACCUCUCUUGGGUGUAUCAAUCCUAUUCAACGAUGGUUUCUCUCAUUCGACUGAUCGGAGCGGCCACCUUGUUGGCCUCCUCGGUCUUGGCAGAUAGCAAUCAUCAUAGCAUCCCACGCACACAUAAACGGCAUCAUCGACAUAUGGAUCAGGGAGAACGAGAUGGACUGGUGUCUUCUCCUCAGAUCUUUGAGGGAAGAGCCACAUACAACGAGACAUUGGACAAGAGAGACUCUUUCACAGGACGAGGAACAUGGUUUGACGUAGGUCUCGGAGCGUGUGGACAAUGGUCAACAAGUAAUCAGCUAAUAGUCGCUCUAAACAGCCCGCAAUAUGGUGGAGGAUAUCCCGGACCCCAAUGCUUCAAGUACAUCACUGUCCAGGCGAAUGGAGUUACAGUAGGCGGAGUGCAGAUCAUGGAUGAAUGCCCAACGUGUGAUUGGGGUGGUCUGGACAUGUCUCAAGGGCUUUUCCAACGCUUUGCGGAUCUGGGAGUCGGUGUCCUCUCCAUCACCUGGUGGUAUGACGGUGACUCUGGACCAUCGAACCCUGCGCCAAGCAGCGAAGCCCCAUCGCCCCCUCCGCCAUCCCCAUCACCCUCACCAACACCCACCUCUACGAACAAUUGGUGGUCGACUAGCACUUGGGUUGCGCCAUCUACUUCCACGACUCCAUGGUGGAACCAGCAAAACGCCGCUAGCUCCAGUACCUCAACUUGGGUAGCGCCAUCGAGCAGCAGCUCAGUCGCACCGUCCAGCAGUUCAACCUCUUCCGUUGCACCGAGCUCCAGCAGCGUGGCCAGUAUUAGCAGCAGUAGUAGCAGCGCCAGUAGCAGUCAACAGAGCAGUAGUUCUGUCGCGCCAACGACUACGAACAAAUUCGUCAUCCAGGCGUCUGCGUCACCCGCCCCAGGCUCAGGUUCGAGCGAGAACGACGGACAAAUCCAAGCUUCAAGCAAUAACUUGGAGGCAUUCAGUGGACUCGUCGCGGCUUAUGGACAGCUCAUCGUGGUGGGAGCUGGAGGCCAUCCCGACGAAUAG